AUGGAGUAUGAGUUGGAAGACGUGAACGUUUUUGGUAAACCACUAUACCUUCAACAAUCUAUUGCAAAUACCGGUUGUUACGAAUUUGUUCUAGUGAGGAAAUUCAGUUCCCGUGGCGAAUUUCAUCCUCGAGGGACGAUGUUCCGCCAAAAAAGCACUGCUCUGCUAACACCUGUUUCCCGUACGCCGAAUAGCCCUUCAGUGUUUGAUUUCUCCAAUCCUCGAGUGAGCCCUGCUACCACUCCUGGUGCGUCGUCAUCCGGAGCCGUGUCACCAUUUGUGUUCUCCGAUGAAGAAGAAGCCAUCAUGUCAUUUCGAGUGAAUCGACUUCAUCGAGUGAAGCGGAAUUGGCCAGCCAUUAUGUGUUAG